AUUGUGCUCGACUGAACUAUCACGAACGCUGCAAAGACGGACGUUGCUCUGUAAAUUAUGUAAAAUAAAUAUAGAUAUAUGACGCUACAUACCUGUGAAUACGUUGCUGUCACAUUCACCGGAAGAAGGGUGUUCUGAAAAUCUCUCGGAAAGGAAAAUAAAUAUGUUUUUUUUAAACAGAUGAUGUUUCCAAGAGGAUUUGUAGGAUUUAACGACGUCGUUCAAACACGAGACCCAAACGCUCGGAUAAGAAAAGGAGUAAUCACCAGCCAAAUCACAUUUAUAUCCAACGAGAUGUGUACGAACUGUUGAAUCUUUGACAGAUAAAUUGGAUAUAGCGUUGAAGACCUUUCGGCCAGCUGCUGUAGUUGAAAUAACGAAAGAGGAUGCAGCACACCGGAUACACCUGAAAAUUCCCCUUGUUCACUGAAUGUCACUUACCUGUCAAUCAAUUACCUCUGAACGAGCCAGAAGAAACUGUAGGUAGGAAAUGGAGAUAAGGAAAGUACAUAGUAAGAACUGAAUCAAACUGUUAGGAUAUACCAAGAGAACAAGCAGCCUCAGAUACUCCUGUGAACUCAAGGGAACUUGGAAGGUAAGACCACAAGAGACUACAAAAUUGUUGUUGCUGACAACUGGCAACACUGGACAGACGGCUGAGGAACUUCAUAACAGGGUGAGAGGGCGAUCACAGAGAGAAAGAGACGGGGACUGACAUAGAGCCAGAGCACAGGAGGGGUGGGUGGAGGAGGAGGAGUGGGAAAGGUCAAUCGCCAUGGCGACAGACCCAGGAGAGCCCACUGCCACAGAGGAGUCCUCUGGGGAGAAACCUGAUGGAGAGAAGGAGGAGGAGAGUGACAAGGGGAACAGGGCCACCCGUGAGAGAGAGAGGAUGCACAGCACUCCGUCUGACUUUUCCUCUUCCCAGACCCAGGAAAGGAGGACAUGGGGUGCAGCAGGAGGUGGAGGAGGAGUGGAGGACAAUAAAGAAACGGAGAUGCCCGUUAGACCUCUAACCUUCUUCAUGCCCUCCUUCCCGGCAACCCACGAGCCUUGCCAGAGACGCAAGAACAAGCGCUUCUUUAGAAAGAGUGUGGAGAUAUGCGAGGAAGAUGACAAGGUGGAAGAAACCCCUGAUGCUCCUCACAGCGCUCCUCACCUCGAGUUUUGUGCCUCAGACUCCGUUUUCAGCAGCGGAGCCCAGCAGCUACCCGCCAGUGCCUCGGCCACCUUGGGUGAAAAUGGCACUCCUAGUAUCCAGGACCCUGAGAAGAGCGCACUUUCAGCUUCCUCUCUGAAGGGGAAGGAGAGAGAUCGCGAACAAGAGGAGGAGGCUGAGAUGAAGGCCAUAGCCACUUCACCUAGUGGCCGUUUCCUCAAGUUUGACAUAGAGCUUGGAAGAGGAGCGUUCAAAACGGUUUAUAAAGGUCUGGACACAGAAACCUGGGUGGAAGUCGCCUGGUGUGAACUACAGGAUCGAAAGCUAACCAAGGCGGAGCAGCAACGGUUUAAAGAGGAGGCUGAGAUGCUGAAAGGUCUACAGCACCCCAACAUUGUGCGUUUCUAUGACUCUUGGGAGUCUGUUCUUAGAGGCAAGAAGUGCAUUGUCCUAGUCACGGAGCUCAUGACCUCUGGAACACUCAAAACGUAUCUUAAGCGCUUUAAGGUGAUGAAGCCCAAGGUUCUACGCAGCUGGUGCAGGCAAAUCCUAAAGGGUCUACAGUUCCUACAUACCCGAACACCACCAAUUGUGCACCGUGACCUCAAGUGUGACAAUAUCUUCAUCACGGGCCCCACCGGCUCAGUAAAGAUUGGUGACCUGGGCCUUGCAACCCUCAUGCGGACAUCUUUUGCCAAGAGUGUUAUAGGGACUCCAGAGUUCAUGGCCCCAGAGAUGUAUGAGGAGCACUAUGAUGAGUCAGUGGAUGUUUAUGCCUUUGGCAUGUGCAUGCUGGAGAUGGCUACCUCAGAGUACCCAUAUUCAGAAUGCCAAAAUGCUGCACAGAUCUACCGCAAAGUCACAAGUGGCAUCAAACCUGCCAGUUUUGACAAAGUGAAUGACCCAGAGGUAAAAGAGAUCAUUGAGGGCUGUAUUCGCCAAAAUCGAUUAGAACGGCUCUCUGUCAAGGACCUUCUAAAUCAUGCCUUCUUUGCGGAGGAUACCGGUGUGCGUGUGGAGCUUGCAGAGGAAGAUACAGGCUCCAAAGACUGCCUGGCCCUGCGCAUCUGGGUUGAGGAGCCAAAGAAACUCAAGGGCAAGCACAAAGACAAUGAGGCCAUCGAGUUCAGCUACGACCUGGAGAAUGAUAGUGCCGAAGAGGUUGCACUAGAGAUGGUGAAGUCUGGCUUUUUCCAUGAAAGUGAUGCUAAGGUGGUGGGGAAAUCCAUCAGAGACAGGGUGACUCUAAUUAAGAAAUCCCGGGAAAGGCGGCAACAGCAGCUCCUCCAACAGCAGCAAAGUCUGGACGAGCAUCGUGUCUCAACAGUCCUCACCUCCUCCUUUACCCCUCUCCAUCCCUCCUGCCCCUCCUCACUGGGUCCAGCUGCUGCUGCAGGUGCUGGGGGUCAGGGGGAGGCAGAAGAGCUGCCAGAAGUGGACCAACAUGUCCAACAGCAAGGCACUGCACUGAGCCUCAAAGAAGGUGAGAACCUUUCUAUUGUCAGUGGAGAUCCUUUCUCAAGUGGGCAAAGCCAUGCUUUCUCUCUAGCUGAGUCUGAGAACCCAUGUGCUCAUGCUCAAACCAGCUACCCCUCUGGCACCUCUGGAGUGAAAGGUAUCGGGGUUGUGUCUCACCCCCAGCUGCUCCCUAUUGGUCAGAGUGGAGGGGUUCCAAAUGUGCCUGUUGGCCAGAAUGGUGGGAUAUCUGGCAUUUCCAUUGGCCAAAGUGCUGGUGGGGCUCCUAACAUUCCUCUGGCACAGACUUUCAUUCAGCCAGUCACUAUGACAUCACAGGUCCCAUUAAGUGUGCCUCAACAAUAUUCUCAGCCCAUCCCACCAUACACAACAGAUGUUACCCCUUCUCAAAUAUUACACCCUCGGAAUAGUGAUACCUCCACUUCCCACAGUUCUCUUGUGCAGUCACAGUCAUACACCUCCUCAAUAUCACCCCAGGCACCCUUAACUGUCCACACUGCCUCCAUCCCUGUUGGAGAGUCCAUAGCAUCAGCUGGCAACAUUAUGCCCCCCAUGCAGACCCAACCUAGUAAUGCUCCUGUACAACCUACUGAUGUUUUGCCCCAGCAAACCAUUGUUCAGCCCCAACAUCAGGCAGUGUCAGAAUUGCCAGGAACAUUGCAACCAACACCACAAAAGCAGGCAAAUAUAAUGCAGCAGCACCAGGCAGUGCUGUUACCACAGCAGAAAGACCAGCAGAAAGACCAGGUUCAGCCAGCAACAGUUUUAUUGCAACAUUCACAGCAUGUAGAACAGCCCCGCAUGAAUUUACAGGAACAACAGCCACAUUCAGGUUUAUCCCAGCAGCCAUAUAUUCCCUUGCCACAGCAGCAACAGCCAACAUUGUCCAUCUUGCACCAAAGUGAGUUACAACAGCAGGUGUACAUACAACAACCCCAGCAACAAGUUGUGAUACAGCAGCAAGUUCAACAACCAUUGCAGCAAACGUCAGUACAACAACCCCCAAUGGAACAAUAUCAACAGACACAGCAACUGCAGGCACAGCCAGUUUAUUUGCCACAAAUGGCUGAAUCACAAGAGCAGAACAUGGUAAAGACAAUAGGACAACAGCCACAAAUGCUUCAAACAACCCAGCAGCCAUUACAAUUGGCAGAGCAACAAAAAAAACUUUUGAUUAGGCAACAAAUGGAGCAGCAACAGAAGGCUGUUUUGCAAAAGCUAUUGGAGCAACAAAGUCAACAGCAAGUUUACAUUCAAUCACCUCAGAAGCAACCACAAGUUGAACAACAAAUUCUUCUGCAGCAACAGCAAAACAUGGCAGUGCAGCAGCAGAUGGAGCAACAGCAGCAGGCUCUACAGCAACAGCAGCAAAUAGAGCAGCAACAACAGACCAUUUUACAACAACAGGUGGAACAACAAAUACAACAGCAACAGGUUCUUUUUCAGCAACAUCAGCUGGAACAGAAGCAAGUUAUAUUGCAGCAGCAACAGCGUGAACAACAGCAGGCUCUUUUACAACAACAACAGUUAGAACAGCAAGCCUUGCUACAACAGCAGCAACAACUCCAGUUAAAGCAGCAACAAGCUCUUUUACAUCAGCAACAGUUAGAACAGAAACAGCAGGCAUUGCUUAAGCAGCAGCAGAAACAGCAGUUAGAGCAACAGCAAACUGUUUUACAGCAACAACAGCAGCAAGCACUCAUUCAACAGUUGCAACAGCAGCAACACAUUGAACAGCAACAGCCUCAACUACAGAAGCCAACUGAACAACUACAGCAGGAAAUAUUUCAACAACAGCCUGAUCAGCAACAACAGGCAUUACUACAACAGAGAGAGUCGCAGUUGCAGCAACAAGUUCUAAUGCAACAACAGAUCGAGUUACGACAACAGGCACUACAAGCUGAAAAACAACAAGUUUUAUUGCAGCAGCAACAACAACAACUACAUUUGGAGCAGCAUACAGCUCUUACAGAUCAUAGUGGGCAACAGCAAACAACUAUAAAAACAGAGACUGUACAACAAAUCAGUCAACUACAACACCCUCAGCAAAUAAUUUCCCCACAACCUCAAUAUCAUUCAAAUCUUGCUCAACAACAAACAGAGCAGCAACAGGUCUUGAUUCAGCAGCAACAAGCUAUCCUCCCCCAGCCAUCACAUAGACCUUCCCUGGAAGAUUUACAAGUUCCAACCAUGGUUCAAGCAGUACCACAAAUGGUUACCACUCAAAUAUCUAGUCAAGUUCCUACCCCAAUACUCAUUCAGCAACAGAGGCCACCUCAGCAGUCAUCUCAACCUGCUGCGCAAAUGCAAAUCCAGAAUCAAGGGGAGCCAGCAAUUUGUGGUCAAAUUUCACUGCAGACCGAAAGUCUUUGUACAGCACAGUCAAUGAGAGAGAGUAUUCAAGCAAGCCAGUUGCAAGUUUCACAACCAACCCAACAAAUCACAUCCCCAACACAGGCACAAGUUCCAACACCACAUCCUAUUCACUCUUUUGUCCCAACUCAGACGCAAAUGGACUCAAAAGGGCAUCUCCUUCCUUCACAAACUCAAAUGGUACCAAUUCAAGCUGCAGCUUCUCUCCACUGUCAGGUUCCAGUAGUGUCACCAACACCUGCACCUCUAGUGCAUGUCCAAGGACAGGCUGCUGCUUCACUUCUGCCCACACAGUAUGCUCAAGCACCUGUCGCUCAGCAAACCAUCCAGUCAGUUCAACUAGACCUCGCACAAACUGUGAAACAACAACAGUCUCCUCUGCGGCAAUAUCAGCAAGCAUUGCUGUCUCCAGUAUCACCUGCACAUUCCAUUGACCCAAUAGCCACUUCGUCAGCUCAGUGCUACUUGCAACAGACAAACCAACCACAAAUGCAGGCCCAGGCUAUGCCACAGCCAAUCAUACCGGCUCAGCAACAGCCAGUCAGUGUGGCCUCUAUGCAGACAGUUUUGCAGCCCAUGCUUCCAGUGAAGCCUCAGGCUACCCAACAGUAUGAGCAGCAGCUGCCUAAAGCCCAACCUGUGCAACAACAGCAACCCCUCCAUCAUCAAUAUCAAGCUCAAACUGUGCAGCAGUUUCUGCCAACAAAUGCUGUACUACCCCAAGAUCUCCAGCAACAGCCCUCUCAGCCCCAACCUGUGCUCCAACAUAUUCUCCCUAUGCACAUUCCACCCAGUCAGAUACCUCAAACCCAAGCAAGGACAGUAUCUCUUUAUAGUCACGUAGUCUCAGGUCCUCCACCCUCCCCCCAAAACCAGCAGAAACCAACCCUUCCUGCUCAAACACACUCACAGAUUAGCAUGCAACCACAAGCACACUUAAACACCCAGACACAUGUUCAAACGCAUGCCCUCACCCACACACAGACCCACAUAGGGACUACUGGGAAUUUUGAGCAGCCUCCUUACUCCCAAGCUGCCUUUAUGCCUUCACAGAUCCACCAAAGUCCAUCUCAUAGUUCCCUACAACCCUCUGCCAUUCUUCCAACCCAACAGCCAGCUGUCCCAGUUUCAGAAAUUCCUGUCUCAACACAUGCAAGGCCAGCUGACCUGAUCCCUGUCCCCCUUCCUACUGUCAAUUCCUCACAGUCCCAUGACUCUCAUGGCUCUGUGUUGCCCACCACCUCGCUGGCAGACAGUGAUGCUGCAUUGUUGGGCAUUGCUCAGGAGAGCCAAAAUCAAUCUACCAACAGGAGCUCUUCGUCAGGCUCUGCUCCUGCCAAUGGAGAUGAGUCUCAAAUGCUGUGGGCUAGUGGAAAACUGGAAAAGGUGAAAUCUCAGAGGAGAGCUUCCUGUCAGAAAACUGAAAAAACUCAUUUUCAACUCAGCAUGUUGCAGGUUUCGUGCACUGGGGACAACAUGGUAGAGUGUCAACUGGAAACUCACAGCAACAAAAUGGUCACGUUCAAAUUUGACAUUGAGGGAGAUGCACCUGAGGACAUUGCAGAUUACAUGGUGGAGGAGGAUUUUGUCCUUGAGCCUGAGAAAGAAAAAUUUGUUGAGGAGCUGAGGGCUAUAGUGAAGAAAGCUCAAGGAAUUCUAAUUACUCAGUCACAGACUGGGUCCGUGGAGCAGCUCCAUGUAAGCACCCCAUCCAGUGCAUCAACGGAUGCAGCCCCUCAAUCUUCCCCAGUGGGUCGCUGGCGGUUUUUCAUCAACCAAACAAUUCGCCAUCGUGACUCACACUCCAACCAGGGAGCUUCCACUCCCCCUCCAGUGGGAGAGAGCAGAGUUCCCAAGUCUACAGAAACAGAGAAAGACCAUGAAAUCCCUCAGCGAUCAGAGUCUUUUGCUGGAAUUGCAUCAUCUCCAAGUUCUUCACUGUCUGCGUCCUCUCCUCCAGUCUCUACAGUAUCUGCCCCUGCAUCCAUGUCAGCCUCGGCCAUUGCCGCCCACAAAGACAUCACACCCGCUGCCUUGCCAAAACUAGAGCAAGUCACCUCUGCUACUCUGAUCACAGACCCAAUCCCUGUCAUGUCCUCAAGCCCUUCUGCUCCUUAUUUUCCUGCGGUUGUGGCCCUUGUGGGCUCCAACAUGGCCUCAGGCGAUACUGCUUUUAAAGUGCAGAGUCAUUCUGAACAGCCUCUCUCUACCAUGUCAGGUUAUGGGUCCCCACCAGCAUCACUGGUUGGCCACGCUGAUCCUUCGCAGCAGUUUUUUGCUCAAACCCAAACGGCAACCUCACAGAAGCCUGAGAUACUUCAACAAACCCUGGCAACUCACCAGCUUCAAGACACCCAGACACUACAGUCAACAAUAGGCACCACAGAACAGAUGCAGGCUCAGCAACAGCAGAUUACGCCUCCUCUGCAACAGCAUGUUCUGCAGGCAGGCUAUCAGGCCACUCCACUGCAACCACAACUCCAAACAAGCCAAAGGCCAGCUGAAUCAAAAACACAACCACAGCCAAUGGAGACAGUGCCCCAACCUUUGCAUACAAGUCUUCCAGCAGUCCAGCAGCCACAGUUGCACCAAGUUCUGCCGUCUGUGCUACCGCAGAUCCCACACCAACAAGUACCAGUUCAAUCUCAACAAUCACCAAUGCUGCAGACCACAUUCUUGGAGCAGCACAGCCUCCAGAAAACAAGCAAUCCUGAACAUGUUCCCAUAGACCAGUAUGUUCCUAAAGAAACAGUGCAGGCCCCAACAAUGCUGUCCAUGCAGCCACAGCAUGCCUUCCAACCCCAAGAUCCCCUACAGCUUCGAGCACAGUUUCAGCCUGUGAUCCCACAGCUGCUCCCCACUGAGCAGACACAUGUCGUGCAGCCACAGACAUUACUUCAGCAGUUACCACAUGAUAUGCUGCACUCUCAACCAAUGGCACAAUCUGCAGUGCCUCCAGCUGUGCAGAAGCAGGCAUCUCUCCAGCACUCGGAGUCGGAGCUGUCAAUGGGUGAGGCCAGCGUAGAGGACCCCAUCAGCCACUCUGCCCUGCCCCAUCCCUCUUCAGACCCCUCUCUCCCACCCCUCCUUCUUUCUGAGACUGCUCUGCCAGCCCUCUCCCAAACAUUUACCCCCUCUCCAGCCCAGCCCUCCUCAGUAGCAGAAUCAGACAGUGAAGGCCCCCCGAAAAUUGAGUUUGUGGACAACCGUAUUAAGACUUUGGAUGAGAAGCUUAGAACUCUGCUGUAUCAGGAGCACAGUGGCAGUGGGUCAGCACUGGGAGGUGGCACCACUGGCGCCCCCACCUCUGCAUCUGCUGCAGCGUCCACCUCAGUGGGAGAUGACGAGUCUUCAGAGCCUCACUAUGCAUUCUCCCCUCCUCAUGUCACCUCUUCAGACACUUCCCCUCACUCCACUUCUUCUACCACCUCCUCCACCACCCCUCGCUCUUCCUCAACCUCUUCAGAUGGAGAGAAGGAGAGAGCAGGUGAGGAGGAGUUGGCCCAAUCUGCUGCUGUGCAACACCAGCCUGCCUCAUUCUCCUCUACAUCCCCACCAUGCUCUCUCCUCUUCCCCUCACAGGAGCCCGGAUCUCCGCCUUUGCCUGGUGAACCCUCAGUAAGUGCUGCCCCCUCCGUUUCAGAAACCUGCACCCCUGGAGACGUUCCGUUGCCGCCUUCUCAGCAGCCCAUCCCUCUGUGGCCUGGAAAGCAGCAGGACAAUGAAGGAGGUGGAUAUUUUGGCCUAAACCUGACAUGUCCUAGUAUCAGAAAUCCUGUUAGCAAGAAAUCCUGGACUCGCAAAUUCAAAAGCUGGGCAUGCAAACUGCGCCACUCCGCCAGCUUGUUCAAGAAGCCCAGAGUCCAGCAAGAUGGCAACUCCAACAGUCAGGGGAUAAAGGAGGAGACAGAGACAUCUACAAAUGUCCAGCCCUACUCGCGCAGAGGACGUUUCCAGGUGAUUCCAGUGUCCCAGCCCAAAGAGCCCCCUCCAGCACAAGAAGCUGUACCAAGCCAAGAAAUCGCGCACAAAAAAGUUGGCCGUUUCUCAGUCACUCAGGCCGAAAAGAGAGAGGAACAUCUGAUGGACAGCUCCCCAGUUUCACCUGACCUGGAGAGAGAGAGGAGGAGAUCGAAAGGGAAGGAUGGCGAGAAAGAGGAGAGGAGAACUACAGCACCCAGCCACCCACCCAGGGGUCACUCACCCCUGGGCAGCAGCGAUGAUGAGAGUGAGGUGGAGGAUGAAGAUUUAAGGAGAGAGCUCCACAAGCUGAGAGAGAAACACAUUAAAGAGGUGGUAUCCCUGCAGGCACAGCAGAACAAAGAGCUGCAGGAGUUGUACAGGCAGCUUCGCUCUCUUAAAGACCACAGGCAGCCUCUUCCACUGACCCUGCCCAGGACCCCCCCUCUGCCCAACACUCCCUUCGCCAUCUCCCCACGUAGACCCCGACCCUCUAAAGCCAAGCUCCGGCCCCGACCCCACUCUCACAUGGAUAACAACAGAGUUAUACACCAAGACCAGAGUCCCUCAGCACAGAGUUCUGCCAUCAGAAAGAGCACAUUCACAGAUGAGCUGCACAAACUUGUUGACGAGUGGUCAAAAGAAACUGUUUGUCCUAUUCAGCCCAAGCCUUCGCUAAAUCAAAUCAAACAGAUCCAACAAGUGCAAGAGUUGGGCGGGUGGGGCCAACCUGUGGAGACAACUGCUUCAUCUGGAUGGUUUCCAGCAGCUCCUAUGAACCCUCAGAGUGCUCCAGUAUCAGUCACCUUGUCUACAAUAGCUUCCGCCCCCUUUAGCGCCAUCGGAGGACAAACACAGCCACCUCCAACGCAGUUUUCCAUUGCUCCUCUACCCCAGCAGAAUGCACAUUUGCAGCCUGCCCUGCACCUUCAGCCCUUGCAGUACAGCCAGUCUCCCCUGCACCUGCAGCAGGUACAGCUUCUGUCAGAAGCCGUGCCCCAGUCCCAAACCCAGUUACAGCCCCCAGCCACCAGCACGCCUCCACAGCUGCCUUCCCCCACCACCUCCCCCUCUGUCAUGACCACAAUGGGGCCUCCACUGCCCCCUGCCACCAGCAUCACAGCUGCCUCUGCCCCCACCGCUGCCAAUCAAGACACUGUCGCUACUACAACCUUCUGCUCAUGCUCCUCCUCUUCUUCCUUGAACUCCGCUCUGCCUUCCAGUGCCAAACUUCAAGCCAAGCCCUCCACCUCCACCCUUCCCUUAGGACAGCAGUGAGAUGGGGACAAAUAUGCUUUGAUGGAGCGAGAAUGAGAGAUAGAAGAGAAGAGAGCUUGAAUGGUCUCAUUCAGACCAAGACCAAACAGACUCUAAUAUACAUCUUGUACAGGAAGGAAACUAGUAGCAAACGGUUGAGUGUUGGUGUGCAUGGGUAUGGGGGUGUAAAAUUACGUAGUAUGUGUUUUUGUGCGCGUUUGUUUGUGUUGCAUUUUCCAAUACAUAUCCUCUGUGUGUUUCCGCACUGUCAAGUUUUAUAUCCAACUUAGUUGGACCUUAACUCUCCCUAUAUAGAGACAUGUUGGAAGAAAAUCUUUUUGACAUGAAAUAUGAUCAUCUUUGUUUUUAUUUAUCAAUGCUUCAAAUGAAAGGACUAUUUGAAUUUAAAAGUGCAAUUAGUAACUGAUAUUUGAAUUAAUCUUUUAUGUGUUGUGACGUGGAUCUGUAUAGCUUAAAAGAAAUAUUUUUUAUAUGCGCACAGAAACAACAACCAGACAUUAACCGAGAAGCGCCAUCUUAAAGACAAUGAGCACAACGGAUUCAACAGGCAGUGAGAUUUAUAAGCAGUCGCAACAACAGCAUGAUCCAGUGCAGAGCAUGGUAACCGUAACCUUGCAACCAUCAUCAUAGCUACGAAAACAAUCAAAACACUGUUGUACAGUGUUGUGCACGGAUAAGGCAUGCUCCUCAUGUAUUCUGUUUUACAAUGAUAAAUAACGGUAACAUUUUAGACUAGCGAAGAUUUUAUAGAAUAACAUAAAUAGCCAUGGACUAAUUUUACACUCCUGCAUUCUGCAAUUGAUUCUGAGAAAAAAACUAUUCAGUUCUUCAUUUAAUUUCAUUAGCCAAUAUGAUUGCAGUAUUUUCCUGUUUUAGCAGAAGUUAUACUUUUUAAGGUUUACAAUAUUAACAUUAAUCCCAUGGUGAAGAGUGCAAGACUAGACGGCUGUUUUGAAAGCUCAUGUGAAGUGAACGCAGCUUGCUCUUGUUCUUGUGUAUUUUGCACAGCCCUGUAUGAACGUGCUUUUGUGCACGCCAAACUGUGAUAUGUGAAUUGUGAGUUUGCUUUUGUGAACACGAUGCAUCAGCAAAACACUGGCAAAAAGAUGUAUUCCUCAACAAAUCCAAGAUUUCAUCAGAUGCUACUCUAGUACAUGCUAAGAAAUAUAUAACUGCCAAGCAAUUUUAUUGGGAGAACAUCCACAUGUAGAUUGCCUUUUAGAGAGAAAUGCAUUUUUUCUGAAGCUCUGUAUGUGAUUCUGUUGGACCAAGACAUCAGUGCCCAGCCUUUAAUAAUCAGCAGCUAAUUCUGUCUAGCUGCCAUGUUUACUCAUGUACAUGAGAGUUAAUCCCCUUCGUAAUAAAGAAACCCAAAAGGGAUGAGUUAAAGUAUUUUGUCAGACAGCAAGGAGCUCCAGACAACUUUGGCCUGUGCUUCAAACAUCUAACUAGACUAUUCCAGGGUAUCAAGUAAUGCCCAUAUUCAGAAAGAAUGACUGUGUGUGUUCUUGAAUGUUGUGUAAGUAAAAAAGGUGAUCGAAAGGAAGGUGUGAAUCAUGGACCCUGCCAUUCAGAUGGAUAAAGAAUGCUCUGCAUUUUUUAACAAUGUUUGUGAGAGAGAGACUGGAAGGAAUGUAGUAUGUAAAGUGGACAGAAAAUAAAGAAUUAGGUGGGGGGACAGAUUUGUUUUGUGAAGCUUUUUAAUUGUGAUAAUGCUUGAAGUUGUGGAUGUUUAAAAAAAAAAGUCACCAUUGCCACUGCCUACAGAGGGUUGUGAUCAUUCAGUUUCCAGUAUUUUGUGGCCUUUUUUAAAAAAGAAAGCCCACAUCCUCAGUAACCAGUGGUACAUUUGUGGUGAGUAAAGGCUGUUGUGUCAGAAAAAACUAAAACAUUAUCCAUUAUCUACAAAUGGGAAAUGUAAAGAACCCUCUGCUGAAGUGUUACAAAAAUGUAAUCUAAAAGAAAGCGUUAUUUUUGUAUUUUACAAGGUUUGUAAACAUGUAAAAUUGUGUACUGUGUUGAGAAAGCUGUGGUUAUCUGAUAACAAGACAGGUCCUAAAUUGUUUCUUGAUGGCCUCCAACUUCACCCCAAACUUUUGGCCUGAGAUUACAAGGAGAUUUUUAAAGUUUACAUCUUUAAUUUGAUGUGAGUGAUUGGGAAAAUUUUAAGCCAAAUCAUUGCUGCAGUGAGGUGUCGACUGGGUGAAGUUGUAUGGCAAACCAGAUGGACCCCAGAAUUACUUGACAGAGCACCAAUAAUAAAAGGUAAUUUAAGCAAAAAUAAUCUAGAGGACUAAACUUCUUGCUGGUGAUUUAGCUACUGUAAAUUGUAACUAAUUCAACUGUUGAUUCUAUUUAUGUUUUGUAACUAAUCAAAAAUAAACAUCAAACGUUAAA